CCGUAUAAACAUCAUAGGUGAAUUCUGGGCCGUACCAAACUUAAAGAUAUUUGGGAAACGAAAGCGCCAACCUUCGGCUACAAUUUAGGGUUUCCUCUCUCUAAGAUUCUCUCUCUCCUGUUUGGUUGGUUGACUCAGGAAUCGUUUGCGAAAGCGAUGUACGGAUCCGGCUACGGUUCAAGUUACGGGUCUGGCUAUGGCUCCAGAGGGGCAAUGUUGGGAAGCGGGGGGGUUUCGGACGGGUACGAGGUCGGCUCAAAGAGACAAAGAAUGAUGGAAUCAAAUCCCUACUUCGCAGUGGGAAGCGGUCAAGCAGGAUUCCAGCCUUACAACUAUGGAAGCAACUUUCAGCCUUCUGGUUUUCCAGUGGUUCGCCUCAGAGGUCUCCCUUUUGACUGCACUGAUAUUGACAUACUUAAGUUCUUUGCCGGACUGGACAUUGUGGAUGUGCUAUUGGUUGACAAGAGUGGGCGAUUCUCGGGGGAGGCAUUUGUGGUGCUUGCUUCAGCUGUGCAAGCUGACCUAGCCUUGAACAGAGACCGACAAAACAUGGGCCGUAGAUAUGUGGAAGUUUUCCGGUGUAAGAAACAAGACUAUUACAAUGCUGUUGCUGGAAAAGUAAAGUAUGAAGGAAUGUAUGACAAUGACCGUCCAACCUCUCCUCCAGGUCGAUCUAGGAGGUCUGUAGACAAGGAUCAAUUAGAGUACACUGAGAUCCUAAGAAUGCGUGGUCUCCCUUACUCUGUUACCAAGGCUGACAUACUGAAAUUCUUUGGAGAUUUUAAUGUGGCAGAGGAUAAAGUACAUAUAGCAAGCCGAGCAGAUGGAAAGGCUACUGGUGAGGCAUAUGUUGAAUUUUCAUCUUCUGAUGAGGCUAAGAGUGCCAUGUGCAAGGAUAAGAUGACUGUUGGUUCACGAUAUGUAGAGCUGUUUCCCGCUACACCAGAAGAAGCUAGGCGGGCUGAAUCAAGAUCAAGGCAAUGAGGAGAAUAAUGUAGCUAACUGUUUCAGUUCUGUUGUUUUCAGUUGCUAGAUUGAGUUUACUGUUUUUGUUUGCUGUUAUUACAUAUAGAAUUGUACUUGGCCAGUUUGUUAGAAUAGACUUAAAAUUGUCACCUACUUUAGGUUUUCCGCUUCAUAAUACAAGGGUUUAAAUUUGA